UCAACGAAGAGUACCCUAAAACCCUGAGGAGGGCCUUCUUCCCUGCUCCACUCCUCUCUGCUUCUUCUUCCUAUUCCGAUGGACUGAGGAACCACAAUCUAUGGUGAAAAUGAGGAUUAAGCUUCUUGCUGGAAGAGGACUCCACUCCAACUGUUCUUUCGAGCACUCUAUUUCCGGCUUAAAAUCGGCGUUCACUCGGAAAGACGUCGACAAUUUUGUACCUACCCCAAAUGCAUGGUGGCGUGGAAGAUCAUAUGCUGCCUCUGUUGCUUCAGAUGUACCCCGUCCCGAGAAGGAUCGUAAAAAAGUCUCUAGAGAAGAUCGGCGAGCAAUGGUCGAAUCUUUUGUAGACAAGUACAAGGCAUCAAAUACUGGAAAAUUCCCUUCGAUAACAGACACUAUGAAACAAGUAGGUGGCUCAUUUUAUACUAUUAGGAAAAUCCUUCAGGAGCUUCAAAAUGAAUCUACAAUGUCGUCCUUAACGAGUAAAAGUAAAAAGUCGUUUCGAGAAACAGAAAUCAAAGAGAACCCUAAUGUUGUUGGCAAAGAUUUGGAAGCAGCGUCCGAUUGGCAAAAGUCCCCUUGUGCUGAGAAGAUCUUGUCUGCUAAUGAUGAUGUUAAGCCUGCAACUCUUGUUAGCCAUUCUGGCGUUCCAUUGAGAACCAAUCUUUUGGCCGACUCCGAGGAAGUUAUUUCUUCUUCUCAUAAGAAACCAGAUAAUGAUAAUAAAGAGUUGGACAUUUCUGAGCAUGUUUGUACUGAUAGCCAUGUACUAAAAAAUGAACGAGAUGUGGUUUCUGAUGUUCAGCUUGAAAGUAGUUCUUCAUCGGAAGAGCUGAAGCAUGAAGACCCAAAUUGUAAGGAGCAACAAGUUCAUAGUUCUCCUGAAAUAGACAGGGAGAACAUUGACAAUAGGACAAUGGAUUUGGUUCAGCCUUCAACAAGUGAUUCAAAACCCUGGGGAGGACGCAUUAAGUCAAUUGUAGAUGGUAUAAUCAACAUAUGGAGGAAACUUUAAAUCCUUCGAGAAGUGUUAAUCAGAGAUGGUAAAUAUGUCGUCUUCACACCGGUUAGGAACAAAGUCUCUGUUUCAUGUAUUACAUCUAGCCCUUUUUAAUUGGCUGUUUAUUCCCUUAGAGUAACCUUUUGUUAAUUUCUAUAUUUUUACCUUAUGAUUAUUUCGGAGUUCGAAACAGAAUUUCUGGAGACUUUCUUAGUUGAAAUUUGCAUAGCUCGAG